GGCCACACCGCCUAGCAGAUGUAGUAUAAUUGCAGCAUAAUUCUGCCGUUAUUCUACGGCGGUACUUCGUAUUUAGCUCACCUACAUGUACUUAUGUAAGUGGCCAAUCUGUCAUCAGGCGCUGAUGUGUUAAGCUCGUUACUACCAACCAACUCUCUCGUCGCCUAUUUUAAGUUGAGGGUCUUGCACAUUUCCCAAGAGUUAUGGAAUGUUUUGUAGAUUCGAUAGUCGGCUAACUUGAAUGAUAGCCAAGUCAUUUGUUUACAGCGUUUUCACUUCUACCACACUCGUUCUAUCUAUAGUACUAUAGUAUAGUACUAUAAAUAUAUCAUGGCGCGUGUUAAGCAGGCCAAACCUGUCGAGAGACAGCCUUUGUCAGAGUAUAUCUCGCAUCACAAUUCGACACCAAAGAAGAAUGACGACGAUGUAGCGCUGCGGUCUAAUGGCGUUGCUAGAACAGCAGCUCCCGCGCUGGCGUCGUCGAAGAAGGACGCGGGCGUAGCGCAGUUAGUGGUUGCUGUUGCUGGUAUCUAUGGGUCCUUCCUCACCUGGGCCUACCUCCAAGAGAAACUCACGACGACACCCCAUGGCGCACCUGGCGCGACCGAAGUGUUCAAGUACCCGGUGUUCCUGAACACGAUCCAGUCGCUCUUCGCCGCGACGACGGGAGCUAUGUACCUCUACGCCAGCACGCCACGCGGACAGGCCAUCCCACCCAUCAUCCCCUCGCGCCGCAUCCUCGGGCCCCUCCUCCUCGUCGCGCUCACCAGCUCCCUCGCCAGCCCCUUCGGCUACGCGAGUCUCGCGCACAUCGACUACAUCACCUUCCUGCUUGCCAAGAGCUGCAAGCUACUCCCCGUCAUGCUCCUCCACGUCACCGUCUUCCGCCGCCGCUAUCCGCUGUACAAGUACCUGGUCGUAGCCGCCGUCACGGCCGGCGUCGCCGUCUUCACGCUGCACUCGGGCAAGAGCCACAAGAAAAGCGGCGCGGGCCUCGGGGGGAACAGCGCGUGGGGCUUGCUGCUGCUGGGCAUCAAUCUCCUCUUCGACGGCCUGACCAACAGCACCCAGGAUUACAUCUUCGGCGCCUUCCAGCCGUAUUCGGGCCCUCAGAUGAUGUGUGCGAAUAACCUGAUGAGCACCGCUGUUACGGCUGCGUACUUGGUCCUGAGCCCGUGGCUCGCGCGGACUGGCGCCGGCGAGUGGCUCGGCGUCGAUGUUGCGGGUGGUGCGGGCGAGCUUGAGGCUGCGCUGGGGUUCAUGGCGCGGCACCCGGGUGUCUGGGCUGACGUGCUUGGAUUCGCGGCGUGCGGUGCCGUCGGGCAGGUUUUCAUCUUCUACACGCUCUCCACCUUCUCCUCGGUCCUCCUGGUCACAGUAACAGUCACGCGCAAGAUGUUCACCAUGAUCCUAUCGGUCGUCGCCUUCGGCCACCGCCUCACGCGCAUGCAAGUCCUCGGCGUCGGGCUCGUCUUCGGCGGCAUCGGCGUCGAGGCUGCCAUCGCCCGCCAGGAGAAACUAGCCAAGGAGGCGGCGAAGCGAAGGGCUGUUGAGGAGAGCGGGAAGAAAGGGCGAUGAACUUACUUGUUCCACUACCCGCAUUCUCUUUUGUGAUUUGCCCUUCCUCGCCUUGCUUUUUGUUGUAUUCGGUAUUCUCUGUCUUUGUCUCGGCAUAGCUGGUCGAAUUUAGUUGUUUGUUUGUUUGUUUGUUUGUUUGUUGGACUAGACUAACCUAGCUAGCCGAUAGGUUGGUUAUGGUAGGUAGGUAUGUAUAUCCACCGCCUUAUACGUCUGUAUAUAGAAGGAUAUCAAUAUGUAUAUACUCUCUGGAGAUUAACUACAAGAGGAGGACGGGCAAAGAAAAAGCGCUUGCUAGAGAAUUGUGCCAUUGGUAGUUUUGGCGCAUCAGGGGAGAGGAAUAUAGAUACCUAUAUACCUAUUUCUAGAUGAAAUCAUCUGUCUCCCCCCUUUUAAUCCCUUAUAAAGCUAUCUUAGGUACUUGUUUGCAUGUAUGUAUAGGUGAGUUGAAUAGAGACUCAAGUAUGACUGACCUAUGAAGAGCACUUUAACAGAGUUUUCU